CUCCUCCCCGGUACUCCUUCCCGGACGGCGCUGGAAGCCCUGGCGGCGGCGGCCCAUGGGGCCCUUGGCGCUGCCCGCCUGGCUGCAGCCCAGGUAUAGGAAGAAUGCAUAUCUUUUCAUCUAUUACUUAAUCCAGUUCUGUGGCCACUCUUGGAUAUUUACAAAUAUGACAGUCAGAUUCUUUUCAUUUGGAAAAGAUUCAAUGGUUGACACUUUUUAUGCUAUUGGACUUGUGAUGCGACUUUGCCAAUCUGUAUCUCUCCUGGAACUGCUGCACAUAUAUGUUGGCAUUGAGUCAAACCAUCUUCUCCCAAGGUUUUUGCAGCUCACAGAAAGAAUAAUCAUCCUUUUUGUGGUGAUCACCAGUCAAGAGGAAGUCCAAGAGAAAUAUGUGGUGUGUGUUUUAUUCAUCUUUUGGAAUCUAUUGGAUAUGGUCAGGUACACUUAUAGCAUGUUAUCAGUCAUAGGAAUAUCCUAUGCCGUCUUGACAUGGCUCAGUCAAACACUAUGGAUGCCAAUUUAUCCUUUGUGUGUUCUUGCUGAAGAGGCAAAGUUGAAGAGGGAAGCAGCUCUGCACAGUAGACAAAAUACUGGACAAAAAGCAAUGGCAUCUGAGUCCUUCCCUUCAUUAACUCACUGUAUGAGACCAUCUAGUUGCAGGAAAAUAAGCUCAGGGCUCCCACUGAUUCUGCAUUAUGCAUUUGCCAUCUAUCAAUCGCUGCCUUAUUUUGAAUCAUUUGGCACUUAUUCCACCAAGCUGCCCUUUGACUUAUCCAUCUAUUUCCCAUAUGUGCUGAAAAUAUAUCUCAUGAUGCUCUUUAUAGGUAUGUAUUUUACCUACAGUCAUCUAUACUCAGAAAGAAGAGACAUCCUCGGAAUCUUUCCCAUUAAAAAAAAGAAAAUGUGAAGUACAGCAUUCCAGUGUGACAUGAGAAAAGACAGGCUGUGGAUUCAGCUGCAGUAAAUACAACACAGGAAGUAUUCUGGUGGAAAAAUACCUUGUAUUUGAUAAAAAUCCAUUACAUGAAAUAACUGCACAUACCCCCCAAAACUCUAGACAUAACAGGCUAUGUUUUUCACACAUUGUAUUUUUAAGACAUAUAUAUUCUCCAUACCCUGCUUCACCAAAAUUCCUGCUUCAUUUGGAUUUUAUACAAGUUACACUUACAUUGUAUGAAGUCUGAUUAUUUUCCUGUAAGUUUAAUGAUAAAUAGGAGAUUAACUGCAAGAGAUUCAAUUAAAUUAAGAAACCAAACUUGAUAACCUAAAUUACAUGUAUUCUUUUUCACUUCCAAGUUCUCAAAUAGAUCUGUAGGAGAAGAGGGAUGGAAAAUAUAUUCCACAGUUGCCUAGAAUAACAUAUUUCAUAGACAGAUGUCUGUCUUCAGAUCUAAUAAUACUUACCCUAAACAUUAGAUAUGUUUAGAAAAUUAAAUAUCUUUCCAAGCCCUAUGUCUUAGCUCAGGUUGCUAUAAUAGAACACCAUUAACUGAAUGGCUUAAACAACAGCAAAUGCUUCUCACAGUUCUGGAGGCUGGGAAUUCCACUCAGGAUCAAGGCAUCAGCUAAUGCAGUUUCUGGUGAGGGCCCUCUUCCCAGUUUGCAGAUAGAUGUCCUUCUGUGUCCUCACAUGAGAGAGAGAUCAACUCUCUUGUGUCUCUUAUAAUGGCACUAAUCCCAUUCAUGAGGGCUCUACCCUCAUGAUCUAAUUACCUCCCAAUGGCCCCACCUCCAAAUACCAUCAUAUUGGAGGUUAGGGCUUAACACAUGAAUUUUGGGGAAACACAAAGAUUCACUCCAUAGCAUUCUGUACCUGGCCCUACAAAAUUCAUGUCCUCCUCACAUGCAAAAUACAUACAUUCCAUCUCAACAGCCUCAAAAGUCUUAACUCAUUCCUGCAUCAACUCUAAAGUCCAAAGUCUUAUCUAAAUCAGAUGUGGGUGAGAUUCAAGGUACAAUUCAUCCCGAGGCAAAAUUCCCUUCCAGCUUUGAACUUGUGAAAUGAAACAAGUUAUGUGCUUCCAAAAUACAAUGGUGGGACACGCAAAGGGUGGACAUUCCUAUUCCCAAAGCAAGAAACAGGAAAAAAGGAAGGUGUAAUGGGUCCCCAGCAAGUCCAAAACCUAGCAAGGCAAACACCAUGAGAUCUUCAGGCUUAGGAAUAAUCCUCUUUGGCCUGAUACUCUGGCUUCAGGACCCAAUGAGGCAGAGGUAUUGCCCCCAGGACUAUGUUGGAGGAGGAUGACCCCCGUAUCACCAGGCGGAAGCUGUCAGGCCUGUUGAAACCAAGGCAAUGACUGCCCCUUUUGAAACUGAGAAGGUACCACUGAUGUUCUCUGAAUCAUUGUUCCAGGUCAGUUUCUCGUUUUCUUGAAGAGUAGUGUACAUUCACAGCUGAAUAGCUCUAUGGUCCCAAAUUCAAGAAGUCCAACAGUCUUCCCUCAUUCUGUCCCAUCUCCAUUCCUUUCAAUACAAACUGGCAGUGUUCCUGCUGGGGUGGCUGAUUAGGUCUGUGGUUCACACCCACACAAAUCUAAUUGGAUGACUGGUCUGCUACACCCUUAGUGUUCUCUACCAAACAUGUUUUCUUAUCUUUUUGUAAUGCAGACAGACUGAUAAUUUCCCACAUCUUUUAAAUUCUGGUUCCGUUUUUGUUAAGAAUUCUGUCUUCAUUUUUUGUCACAUUUUACUUUAAGCAGUCAAGAUAAACCAAGGCACUCCUUCAACACUGGUUGGAGAUCUCUUCAGUUCAGUAUCUAAUUUCAUGGCUCACAAUUUUACUUUCCACAAAACACUAGAACAUGAGCACAAUCAUCCAAGUUCUUUGGCGUAUUGUAACAAAGAUCACCUUUCUUCCAGUUUCCCAUAACAGGUUCCUCAUUUUCAUUUGAGACUUCAUCAGAAUGGCCUUUAUUGUCCAUAUGUCUACCAACAUUCUCUUCAUGGUGAUUUAUGAGUUCUCUAUGAAGAUGGAAGCUUUCUCUCCCACCCUCUUCUCUUUGAGCCCUCACCAAAAUCACCUCUAUCAAUCCCUUCAUGGCAAUAUUGGCUUUUUCUAGCAAAAAAACUAGUACCUCAAAACUCUUCCAGUACUCUUCCAGGUACUUUAGUACCUCAAAACUCUUCCAGCUUCUAUCUGUUACCUAACGUCAAAGCUGCUUCCACAUCUUUAUAUAUUGGUUAUAGCAUCACCAUACUUCUUGGUACUAACUGCUAUCUUAGUCAGCUUGGCUGCUAUAACAAAAUACCAUAAACUGGGUGGCUUAGACAACAAAUAUAUUUCUCACAGUUCUGGAGGCAGGGAAGUCCAAGAUAAAGGUGCUAGACAAUUAAGUUCCUGAUGAGGUUCCAAGGUGCUAGCUCAUUCUUCUUCAUGGUUUGCAGAUGGAUGUCUUCUUGCUAUAUGCUCACAUGGUAGAGGGAGAAACCAUCUCUCCCUUAUUUCUUAUUGUAAAGGUACUAAUCCCAUUUAUGAAGGUUCCAGCUUCAAAUGCCAUCAUACUGGAGAUUAGAUUUUCAACAUGUGAAUUUAAUGGGGGACACCAGCAUUCAGUCCCUAGUGCUCUGAUAGAGUAUUCAUUAAUGUCAUGUAUUUGUUAACAUCUUGCAAGUUAUUUGGGCUUUGAUGCCUUAGAAGAAGACCCUGGCCAGGCAUGGUGGCUCAUACCUGUAAUCCUAGCACUAUGAGAGGCUGAGGUGGGCAGAUCAGUUGAGGUCAGGAGUUCAAGACCAGCCUGGCCAACAUGGUGAAACCCCAUUUCUACUAAAAAUACAAAAAUUAGCCAGGUAUGGUGGCACAUGCCUGUAAUCCCAGCUACACGGGAGGCCGGGGACAUGAGAAUCGCUUGAGCCCGGGAGGUGGAGGUUGCAGUGAGCGGAGAUUGAGCCACUGCACUCCAGCCUGGGUGACAGACUGAGACUCUAUCUCAAAAGAGAAGACCCUAAUGAAAAUAGUAAACCUUUAGCAAAUACACAAAUGAUGCUCCAUUCUGUAUUUUUUUUAAUUUUAAAAAUAAUGACACACACAUACAGGAAGAUAAAAAUAUACUGAGUACUUUUUAAAAAGGAAAAUUCAUGUUUUGGAUUAUUACUGAAUUGUUGCUAGUUACUGUAAUGUAAGUCAUAUGUCCUUACAUAGUUUUGAAAAAUGCUUUAUUUCAAAAUCUAAAAAAAGUGUGAAUAACUGAUAGUUAUUGCUGUAUCAUUGAUGUAUCAUUCAAUUUUUGGUAAAGAAUUAUAAAGAUCUUACCUAGAAACUAUGUAAAAAGGUAUUAAAUAUAUUGUGAUGUAAGAAUAGGAUAAUAAAAAUGUAAUUUUAAAAA